CUUAAGACUAUUCAUCAUGAAAAUUUUAUACAUCGAGAUAUUCAUAGUGGAAAUAUAUUAUCAUUAAAAAAUGAUCACAAAAAGUGGGUAAUUGGUGAUCUAGGAUUAUCUCAACCAGCAGAUAAUUCAUCGAAUAAUGAAAUAUAUGGAGUAAUACCUUAUGUCGCACCAGAAAUAUUUCAAGGUGGUGUAUUUUCGAAAGAGUCUGACAUAUAUAGUCUAGGUAUCGUUAUGUGGGAAUUAGCAACAGGUUGUAAACCAUUUUCUAAAGUUGAACAUAAUACUGCACUUAUUUUGCGAAUUAUUGAUGGAAAAAGGCCUAUAGUUACAAAUGAUACUCCCGAGUGUUAUUCUAAUUUAAUGAAAAGAUGUUGGACUUCUGAUCCUUUAAAAAGACCAUCCAUAACAAAAAUUAAAGAUAUCGUUUAUGAUUGGUACAAAAAAAGUGGUGGAAUAUUUUAUGAGGCUGAAAAAAAACGACUAGAAUUAAUACAAUCAAAACAACUUGAACCCGAAAAAUCGCAUCCUGGCGCUAUUUAUACUAGUAGACCUUUAAAUUCUUAUAUCUCUCAAUCUUCAUCUGUAAAUUCAACAAUUUCAGAGCAAGGUAUGUGUUAUAUAAUUUGUUAA